UCGGCGCACACAAAUUUAACUUUGACCCCAUCGAGUAGUUAAUUGUUUUGAUUGAGCCGGUUAGUAUUCCUAGCAAGUUUAAGACAUUGACUAGAUACUAAAAUAUCUUACAAAGCUAUUAGAAUUUUUUUAAAUAAUGAUGUGUUAGGAUACAUUCGGCGUUGUUUCUGACUAAAAUGUUUUCUAAUCGGUAAGCUAACGUUAGCUGUCUGGCUAACGUUGCGUACGUAGCUUUGGUAACAUGACGAUGGCCAGGAGCUGCGUGUAGAAGCGACCGACCAGACAUCGGAUCUCGUCGAUUUCCUGCUUGCCAAUCAUUCUUUUGCACGAUUAUGUUGUCUUUGUGUACGACAGCCCUCUAAACUGUAUUUCAAAUCAAUCAAAACUGGCUACAUUUAUCUGUGUUUUAAUUUUCAAAAGUUUUUUAGUGUAUAAUUGCAUCACUUUCACUCUCGUCCAAUGGGUGAGGAAAAGCCGGACACACUGGAUUUUGUGAAGGAUUUUCAGGAGUAUCUGAGCCAGCAGACUCAGCAUGUCAACAUGAUUUCAGGCUCUGUCAGCGGCGUCAAGGAGACGGACGAGCUGCCAGCAGACUGCAGUCAAAAUGGGCUGGAUCACCCCUCAGUGGACAUGUCAUUGGAGGACAGCUCAGGGAUCUUAGUGGAUGGUUUUGAGAGGACCUAUGACGGCAAACUCAAAUGUCGUUACUGCAACUAUGCCACCAGAGGCACAGCGCGACUCAUUGAACAUAUCCGCAUCCACACAGGAGAGAAACCUCACCGCUGCCACCUGUGCCCAUUUGCUUCAGCCUAUGAACGCCACCUCGAGGCCCAUAUGCGCUCACACACUGGUGAGAAGCCUUACAAGUGUGAGCUUUGCUCCUUUCGCUGCAGUGAUCGUAGCAAUCUGUCACACCAUCGACGUCGACGUCACAAACUCUUGCCAAUGAAAGGCGCUCGAUCACUUUCCCAUAAGAAGAUGCUGAGUGUUUUACAGAAAAAAGCCAGUUCGCUGGGCUAUGGUCGACGGCUCCUCAUCAACUUUAGCCCCCCUUCUAUGGUGGUGCACAAGGCUGACAAUGUGAACGAUUUCUCCCAUGAGCUGCCCCACUUACGUCAGGAAACAUAUGAUAAUCAGAGUAGAGCAGUUGAAGAAGGUCUGUCCACAAAUCAAAAUCACCAUCACCAUGAUAUGGUCAUGGAUAACCCCCUGAAUCAACUGUCCACACUGGCAGGCCAAUUGGCCAGCCUCCCUUCAGAGUCCCAGGCCCAGACUCAACCUCCCAUGUCUCCUGGAGCAGAGUCUGUCGUGGAUGAGAAGCCUUUCCUCAUUCAGCAGCCGCACCCUGCCACAGCUCCUGUGGCUGUCACAGUCAGCAUUACUCAUCCUUCUUCCUCAUCCCCAGUCACCCCAGAGCCCCGGGCUCCUCCACACAGUAACUGCAGUCCUGGAAGUGGACCAUGCAGUGAGCACAGUGGGCACACCAGUACUCCCAGUAUCUCUAACAGCCAGCCCAGCACACCGGCCCCAGGCCUGUCCGCCCCACUUCAAGACCCCCAUAUGCUACAUCACUGCCAACACUGUGACAUCUACUUCCCUGACAACAUCCUCUACACCAUCCACAUGGGGUGCCAUGGCUAUGAAAAACCAUUCCAGUGCAACAUCUGUGGCCACAAAUGCAAGAGCAAGUAUGACUUUGCCUGCCACUUUGCACGUGGACAGCACAAGUAAUGACUGACCAAGGAAAGAACUUUGAACAGACAGCUUUGUUUAAUUCUAUAGUAAUUUUAUUUAUUGAUCUUUUACUUAGCCUUUAUGUAGCCCAGUUUGUAAAAGCUGUACUUAGACAAGAAAAUGUCAGCAUUUAGAUAUUUUCAUUUAGCAUAUUUAAAGGUGCCCAUUCCAGUGUAUUACAGAGGAAUGAUCAGUGUUUUGGACAGGUUGAGAAUUUAUUUGUGGUGGUGUAGGCAGCUACAUUCCAAUAAUCUCAUAAAUCUUAUAAAUUCUGUCCCCACUUAGCUAAACUACAGAACAUGAAGGUGGGUAACAAAAUCACAAUCAUAGAUAGAGUGUAAAAUAGGGGAACUGAUACAGUAAAUGGAGCACAUUUGUAAUUUCCCUUGAACAUGUUUAAUUAACAUAUAUACCAAUGUUUAAGUGAGAAGAAUAAGAUUAUUGUUGCAUAAAAGGUAAAUGUCUGGAAGUAGAAAGGUUGUUUUGCUUCCAGUGAAGUGGUAAUAGUUUCACUUAAUGUUUUGCAAAAACAAAAACUGUUUGCAGAGUUGCUAAAUACUAUAUAUUAGUUGAUUUAAAUCACUAUGAAACAAGUAUCACACAGUGGAAAAGCUCAGCUUACUUUCUGAAAUAGCUCUCAACACAUUCAUUGUGAAAAAUACAAAGUGCAUUUGAAAGAAGGACAAGUCUGUGAGUGCCACACAUAAAUUCUCAACACUCCUGGACUAUAUCUACCUAUUGCUCUGACAAUAUUGAUGCAGAGUGAAACUGUUAGCCCUGAGUGAUCUUAUUUAAGCCUUGUUGAAAUUAUUUUAGUGCUAGGUGCAUUAUUACUAUUUUUUGCAGUGCCUGACAGAGUCACUUUCUUGUGUCCAAUUUGGAUAGGACUGUUAUUUAUAGACAAAUAGAUAUUACAAUAUACUUUUCUUACUUCAAUGACCUGACCCAGAACCUUAUGGAAAAAGUUUGGUUAUUGUAGAUUUACUGUGGGAGCCAUUGUUUUUUGUUUGUUUUGUUUUUUGUUUUAUUUUUAAAAUUGUUGGGCCAAAAUUUAGUUCCAUAAAUGCUGCUAAGAAACAAGAGUUUAUGCCAGCUCUACUGUAUAGAUGGCAUCAACGGUGACACUUGGCCAAACUUUGGUGGUUUUUGGUCUGCCAACUGCUUUGUUGUGUUGUUUCGAAGUUCCUCCAUACAGUGCCCUACCAUUGUGGUGGUAACUCACUUUGUUUAAAGGGGUUUAUUCAUUUAGGUGCGUCAUGUGCACCUAAAUUCUGAUCUUUUGAUAUUGUAUGAAGUCAUUUUGAUAUCCAGUAUCUCUGUGUUUAGGACAGAAUCACUAAGUCUUGUCUCUCAUAUAAAAACUUUCUCAGAAUUGCCACGUAGCACCGGGAUUGCCACCUUUAGGCCUUUGUGAUAACUCACACUGAAAUCCAGUCACAUGGAUCUCAGUAUUUUUCUGAAUAUUUACUGCAUAUUGUAUUCUGAAUGGUUGGAUAAAUGUUCAGUGUAAAGAAAGAAAGAAAAAAAAAAGCUAAAAUAUGUUGCAGUAAGACUGCAACUUUAGCAAAGUUGUCUUUUGUCAUGGGUACUGUUGUCUUUGCUUAGCAACAUGUGUAGAGAAUAAAGUUCAUGUUUUUAGAAGCAUCUCUGUGUUACCAAAUUUACCAGUAAUGGGGACAUCCAGUAAUAGUUGCCUUAUGUUCUCUGUGUUGUUGAUUCAUUGAUAGUGGUGAAUGUUUAAGCCUUCUGGCGAUCAUGAUCUCCCCAAGCUGAGAUGGCAAAUCAUUUUAUUGUGAGAUGGAUUUAUCUAAUUUAUAAGUAAAGUGUUUUCUAACCCAGUCUUUGCCUUCUGUUUUCUUUUUUUCUUUGUACUCAAUAAGACAAAUAAAAAACAGUAAUAUUUCCUG